AUGGAACUUGAGAACGUUGAUUCUGAGGACAAAGAGACGUUAAGCUGGGAUAUUAAUGACAUGAAGCUGCCACAGAAUGUGAAAAAGACGGACUGGUUCCAGGAAUGGCCAGAUGCCUACGAGAAGCACAUCUACAGCUCGGAGGACAGGAAUGCGCAGCGGCACAUGAGCAGCUGGGCCAUGCGCAACACCAACAAUCACAACUCCCGCAUCCUCAAGAAGUCCUGCCUGGGCGUGGUGGUCUGCAGCCGCGACUGCCUCGUCGCUGAGGGCCGCAAGGUCUACCUGAGGCCUGCCAUCUGCGACAAGGCCCGGCAGAAGCAGCAGAGGAAACACUGUCCCAACUGCGAUGGGCCCCUGAAGCUCGUUCCCUGCCGAGGCCACGGGGGCUUUCCUGUCACUAACUUCUGGAGGCACGACGGACGCUUCAUAUUUUUCCAGUCCAAGGGAGAGCAUGACCAUCCAAAGCCAGAAACCAAACUGGAAGCCGAGGCCAGAAGAGCAAUGAAGAAAGCGCACUCCACGUCGUCCUCUGUCUCCUCGAAGAUGAAGCAGGGCCCGCAGAUAAAGCCUCUUCCAGGUGAAACACAAAGUUGGGAAAGUUUAACUUGGUCUUUCCAGGAAGGUGUCCAAUUGCCUGGUAGUUACAGUGGACAUUUAAUAGGUAACGCUCCCCAGCCGAAGGCACUGAAUGAUGGCUCGUCCUUCUCUGAGAGUUAUGGUCUGGGGAGAACCUCUGACCCCAGAGAGCCCACUCCCACCUUGGGCCCCACUCAGCUCUACGAGAAAUGCAAUUUGUCCAAUAGUCGGGUCUCCAGCAGCCAGGACCUGCUUCAGCCUCCUGUCUCUGGAGUCUUCUCUGAUUACAGUGAUCUGCAAACAUGGAAUAAGAAUGUUGCUUUGGGGAGAAAUCCUUCCAAUGACAACAGUUGUCCCAGUUACCCUUUUCCUCUGACCAGCUGGCCUUACGACUUCUCCCCUUCCCAGAGCUCUUCAGAACCCUUUCUCCAGCAGAUUCCCACGGAACCACCAGCACCCAAAACUAGCUGUCACCCCUUCUGGCCAAAUCAAGGGGGUGGACUUUACGAAGAGAAGGUGCAUGUGGAUUUUAACAGCUACCACCCUUCCACCACUUGCCAUUCACCUCAGGAAGACCCCUUUCUCCUCACCUACACCUCUCAGCCCCAUCAUCAAUAUUCUCUGCCUGGCAAGAGCAGCAAAUGGGAUUUUGACGAAGAAAUGAGGUACAUGGGUUUGGAUCACUGCAACAACGAAAUGCUUCUAAACCUCUGUCCUUUAAGAUGAUCCAAAUCGGGAGACUUGUGCACUGCUGGUGGAAAUGUCAUUUCGUGCAGCCUCUGCGGCAAACAGUAUGGAGGUUCCUCAAAAAAUUAAAAGUAGAACUACCAUAUGAGCCAGCAAUCCCACUUCUAGAUAUAUAUCUGAAGGAAAUGAAAUCACUA